UUCACCGCCUCUUCCUCAUUAAGAGUAGAGUUGUGUUCACGUGUGGUUGUGUCUCCUUUUUACCACUAAAAUAGGUCACACAACCCACCUCCAUUCGUGAAAUAACUCUUUAAAAAGUUAUAAAAACAAAAAAAAAACAAAAAAACUAAAAAAACCUAAAAACCUACCAAAAAUUUUAAAAAAAUCCACAAAAAUACGUAAAAACCAUUAAAAUAAAAAAAAAUCGAAAAACCGUAGGUAACGUGAACAAUCGCGCGAAGCAAAAUACGUUUGUUUCUUGAAAAAAAAACCGUAAAAUAAACGAGGAAAGCGGCAGGGAACAAGAGAAGAAAAGUAAGAAAAAAUAUAAAAUACUAAAAAAAGAGAAAAAGUACCCAAAAAAAAUCGUAAAAAGAGGCCGUGUGUGUUGUGCGACGACGAGGCUUUCUGGUAGACAAAAAGCUUUUUGAGAGGACGAGUGAAAGCUGAGGAGGCGACAGGAGGAGCACCCUGAAGAGCUUUAGCUUCAACAGCGCUUGAUAGUCCAAGCCAUAUUGCUGAGAGUCAUUUGCGACGAGGCCAUUUUUAUUUAAACUUCAGGCAGAACUUUCAUUUAUUCUCCCGAAAGGAUUGGUGCACCAAACUAUCCAAUGGCUUCACUUUACGUUGGUGAUCUCCAGUCGGACAUCACCGAAGCUAUGCUGUUUGAGAAAUUCUCAACUGCUGGACCUGUACUAUCCAUUCGUGUCUGUCGUGACGUCAUCACACGGAGAUCCCUUGGUUAUGCCUACGUGAAUUUUCAGCAGCCGGCUGAUGCCGAGCGUGCUUUGGACACUAUGAACUUUGACAUGCUGAAGGGCCGCCCAAUUCGUAUCAUGUGGUCGCAGCGCGACCCAUCACUUCGUAAGUCAGGAGUGGGCAACGUCUUCAUCAAGAAUCUGGACCGAAGCAUUGAUAAUAAAGCUAUGUACGAUACAUUCUCUGCAUUUGGCAACAUACUCAGUUGUAAAGUAGCGCAGGACGAGACCGGUGAGUCUAAAGGAUAUGGUUUCGUUCAUUUCGAGACUGAGGAGGCUGCCAACAAGUCUAUUGACAAGGUCAACGGUAUGCUGUUGAACGGCAAGAAGGUCUACGUUGGUAAAUUCAUUCCACGCAAAGAACGCGAGAAGGAGCUCGGUGAGAAGGCCAAGCUCUUCACGAACGUCUACGUCAAGAACUUCGGCGAGGACAUGACUGACGAGAAACUAAAAGACAUGUUCGAGAAGUACGGAACAAUAACCAGCUACAAGGUGAUGGCCAAGGACGAUGGAAAAUCCUGUGGCUUUGGUUUCGUGGCCUUCGAGGACCCCGAGGCAGCCGAGCAAGCAGUCCUUGAGCUCAAUGGCAAGGAAAUCACCGAGGGCAAGUACAUGUACGUGGGUCGAGCACAGAAGAAGGCUGAACGUCAGCAAGAGUUGAAACGCAAGUUUGAGCAGCUCAAGAUUGAGCGUUUGAACAGAUAUCAAGGUGUCAAUCUGUACGUGAAAAAUCUCGACGACACAAUCGACGAUGAACGUUUGCGCAAGGAAUUCACCACAUUCGGCACAAUCACAUCGGCCAAAGUAAUGUUGGAAGACGGUAGGAGCAAGGGCUUUGGUUUUGUCUGCUUCUCAGCCCCUGAGGAAGCCACAAAGGCAGUGACAGAGAUGAAUGGACGUAUUGUGGGUACAAAGCCACUUUACGUUGCACUGGCGCAACGUAAGGAUGAAAGAAAGGCUCAUUUAGCCUCUCAGUACAUUCAAAGGAUGUCGAACCUCAGGAUGCAACAGAUGGGACCAAUGUACCAGACAGGAGGUGCUGGGAGCUUCUUCGUGCCCACUUUGCCACAACCCCAGAGAUUCUAUGGACCAGCACAGAUGGCCCAGGUUCGUGCCACCCCACGAUGGGCAGCACAGCCAAAUCAAGUGCGUCCAAAUGCACAAACUGGUAGCUCUGGAUUCGCCACAAUGCAAGCGCCAUUCAGAGCAACUCCAAGAGCACCAGGUGCUCAAGCUGGAGCAAUGCGUAAUGCCAUGUCUGCUCGUCCAAUCACUGGCCAGCAAGCUGUGGGCAACAUUAAUGCGCAAGGAAGAGCCAUGGCUGGAGCUUCUGUUGGAGUUUCUCCGGCACAGAACAGACCACCCAAUUACAAGUAUAAUUUGAAUGUCAGGAAUCCUCCGCAGGCCAUGGCCAUGCCUCAACCUGCACCUGUCCAACAAGCUGUGCAUAUCCAGGGACAGGAGCCACUCACUGCAUCUAUGCUCGCUGCUGCUCUUCCUCAGGAACAGAAACAGAUGCUUGGGGAGAGAUUGUUCCCACUCAUUCAAUGCAUGUAUCCUCAACUCACUGGCAAAAUCACUGGAAUGCUGCUGGAGAUUGAUAAUUCGGAGCUGCUCCACAUGCUCGAGCAUAAUGAGUCACUCAAGGCUAAGGUUGAAGAGGCUGUCGCCGUACUACAGGCACAUCAGGCUAAACAGGCCGUCAAGAAAGAGUAAAUUGUUGCUCCGUGAGAACAAUUUUUUACUCUUCUCCAACUUUUUUCAUUUACGUUUUUCCUUUUUUUAUCGAGAGGAUCUUUUUUUUUCUUGAGUCAA